AUGGGCUAUCAAUUUGAAAGUCCUCAACUGGAAACAAUACGCACCAGACAAAUAGCCGCGCUGCGCAAUGUGAUUAAUCUGAAUCAACCUAUAACGAACGCUAUGGUUUCGGAACCAGUGUGGAAGAUUUUAAUUAUGGACAAGCUCGGCCAAGACGUAAUUUCACCACUUUUACCGGUCAAAGUCCUGCGAGAUUUAGGAGUGACGUUACAUUUAUUGGUUGGCUCGAAACGCGAUCCUCUCACAGAUGUUCCAGCUGUUUACUUUGUUUCCCCUACCGAUGAGAAUAUUGAUCUACUUUGCGAAGAUCUCAAAAAUGCUAUGUAUGACAGUUUCUAUAUCAAUUUGAUUUCUCCACUCUCUCGCGCCCGUCUCGAAACUCUUGCUUCUGCAGCUGUUCAAGGUGGCACCGUCGGGCAAGUACAAAAAAUUGUUGACCAGUAUCUCAAUUUCAUUUCCUUAGAAGAUGAUUUGUUCGUGUUGCGACGAUUUAGCGAGAACAGUCCUAUGUCGUAUUUUGCCAUCAACGAUCCUUCAACUUCUGAUGAUCAGAUGGCAGCAUUCAUCGAUUCUGUUGCUGAUGGAUUAUUUGCUGUUUGUGCAACAAUGGGAGUGGUACCAAUUAUUCGAUGUCCCAAGGACAAUGCGGCUGAGCAUGUGGCUAAGCGCUUGGAUCAGAAACUUCGUGACAACCUUCGAGAUGCCCGUAAUAAUCUUUUCACAGUCGAAAGCAUACGCGCUGGUCAGUUGAAUGCCAGUCGACCUCUUCUGUUAAUUGCGGACAGAUCAGCUGAUCUGGCAACUAUGCUUCACCAUACGUGGACUUAUCAAGCUCUUAUUCAUGAUGUGUUGGAAUUAGACCAGAAUCGUGUGACCAUUAGUGAAAAAUCUGGGAAGAAGAAAGAAUACGACAUGUCCAGUGGAGGAUCAGACAAAUUAUGGACAAAGCACAAGGGCAGCGCUUUUCCGCUUGUGGCUGAAGCUGUUCAGGAGGAUUUGGAAGCUUACAGAAGUAGCGAGGAUGAGAUUAAGCGUCUGAAGCAUGCUAUGGGAAUGGAAGGUAAUGAAGCUGAUGCUGCAAUAUCGUCACUGUUGUCGGAUACUACGGCUAAAUUGGGAUCUACCGUGACUUCAUUACCUCAGCUACUAGAGGCGAAAAGAUUGAUCGAUCUGCACACCAAUGUAGCGACAACACUUCUUGAUUACAUAAAACAGCGAAAACUGGACGUUCUUUUUGAGCUCGAGCAGAAACUGUUGCAGCACUCACCUCUUGAAAUGCCUCUUCUACAGCUCCUCUCCGAUAUUACCAAUCCAGAAGAUGUUCUUAGAGUCAUAUUAAUCAAUUAUUUAUGUCAGGAAAAUAUGAGUAAGGCAGAACUAGAGGAGCAGAUAAACUUUUUAAGAGAGAGAAACGUAGAAGAGUCAGCUAUUCGAUUUGUUCAAAAAAUGAGAUCGGUAUCACAACUGGGGAAAACGGCGCCAGAAGAACAUCAUGGUGCUGGCACCAAGACAAUUAACAUGUUUAGUAAACUACUUAGCCACAGUUCCCGAUUCGUAAUGGAAGGUGUUAAAAACUUGGUUCCGAAAAAGCAUAAUUUGCCGUUGACUAUGAUGGUGGAUUCUCUGGUGACCCCAGCAUCGUCGUCAACAGUUGGCAUCAACCAGAUGAUGGGUGCGACGCAGAUCAAUGAAAGCAAUGAGUUAUGCUAUUUGGAUCCGAAGGUUAUGCACGCAAUGUCCAAGGACACAUCAAGUAUUGCUCGUGCCCGCCAACCACCUCCACAGGACGUUAUACUAUUUGUUAUUGGCGGAGGGAAUUACGUGGAAUAUCAGAAUCUUGUCGACUACGGUAAAUCUAAGAAUCUGCAACGUGUCACGUACGGAUGCACAGAACUCGUGAAUCCUAGGCAAUUUACUGACCAGCUCACUCGUCUCGGUCGAGCGCUGCAGUAG